AGACGAGGUGAAGAUACAACCCAGGUAGUUAUUUUCUAUAACUUUUCAUGGUUUUUUCUACAUAUGCUAUAUUUUCCCUAAUGAAUAAUAGAACAAGGAAAAUACAGCAUUCUAAUAUACCGCCAUGCGGACCAAGUAUGCCCUAUCCAAAUUGCGCAAGUGGUUCAUCAUCUAUGCCAUUUAGUGUUGAAAGUGAAAAGAAUGUUGGAGGUACACUUUUAACAAUAUUUGUUAACAUCCAUUGUUAAUGAUAAAAAUGAUAAUCCUAACCACUCAAUCUUCCUUUUUUAGAAACUUCACCUGAGAUAGAGGAAGCGCCAAAUGCGGAGGGGAUGUUUGAAGAGUCAGAUGAUAAUAAUAGAGUUGAGCCUCCAAAAGCUGGUAUGAAAUUUGGUACUGAUAAAGAGGUUUUAGUCUAUUACAAACGAUAUGCCAAACAAGAGGGUUUUGGGGUUAUUAUAAAGAGGAUGAAGAGAGAUCUAGAUGGGAAUGCUAAGUAUGUGACGAUUGCCUGUGCAUGUGGCGGCAAGUACUAUCCUAGCCAUAGUACUUUAUCAAAGCCGAGACCUACGACAAAAACGGACUGUAAGGCGAAGGUAAAUGCUCGCUUUGUGAAUGGGGAGUGGGUGUUGACCAGUGUAGCUCUUGUUCACAAUCAUUGUACUAUUAGUCCAAAAAAGUCUAGAUUUUUUAGAUCUCACAAAAAUUUGGAUGAAUACAGUCAGAGGAUGCUCGACUUGAAUGAUAGAGCAGGUAUUCGGUUGCACAAAAAUUUUCAUGCACUUGUGACUGAAGCGGGGGGGUAUGAGAAUUUAGAUUUCUAGGAGAAAGAUUGCAGAAAUUUUAUUGACAGAGCUAAACACUUAAGAAUAGGUAAAGGAGGUGGGGAAGCACUAAAUGACUAUUUUAAGAGAAUGAGGAAAAUGAAUGAUGGCUUUAUAUCCGUUAUGGAUGUUGAUGAUGAGUUCCGAGUUCGGAAUGUCUUUUGGGCUGACGCAAGAAGUCGAGCGGCAUAUGAAUAUUUUGGAGAUGUGAUCACAUUCGAUACAACAUACCUCACAAAUAGGUAUGGUAUGCCAUUUGCUCCCUUUGUCGGUGUCAACUAUCAUGGACAGUCCAUACUCUUAGGGGCAUGUUUGAUUUCAAGCGAGGAUACAAGUACUUUUGUGUGGUUGUUUGAAGCAUGGUUAGAAUGUAUGAAUGGACGGGCACCCCAAGCUAUCAUAACAGACCAAGAUAGGGCAAUGAAAAAUGCUAUUGGCAUUGUAUUCCCGGACACAAAGCAUAGAUAUUGUCUCUGGUAUAUAAUGCAGAAACUACCUGAAAAAUUGGGAUCCCAUUCAGAAUACAACGGGUUGAAGUACGCCAUUCAGAAUGCCGUCUACGAUACACAGAGUUGUGAAGAAUUUGAGGAGAAGUGGGGGCAGCUAAUGCAUCAGUAUGAUGUUACUGAUAAUGCAUGGUUGCAAGGGUUGUACACCGAGAGGUCAUUUUGGGUACCAGUUUACUUGAAAGGUGUAUUCUGGGCUCGUAUGAGCACUACCCAACGAUCUGAAAGCAUGAACGCCUUCUUCGACAGAUUUGUGCGUUCCGGUACGACAUUAAAAGAAUUUGUCGAUCAAUUCGACAAUGCUUUGAGGAAGAAGGUUGAGACGGAGACGACAACCGAUUUCCUGUCCUAUAACCAAACAAUCCCAUGUGUAUCCCCAUUCAAAAUUGAGAGACAGUUUCAAUCACUGUACACGAAUGCAAAAUUUAAAGAGGUCCAAGCAGAGGUUUGGGGGAUGCUUUUAUGUAAUCCUUCACUUGUCAGCACACAAGGUAGCAUUUCUACCUUCGAUGUUUUUGAAGAAAUUUCCACCCCCGAUGGACAGUCAAAAAUUAUGAAGUAUAAAGUUUACUUGAAUGUAGAAGAAUUUGAAGUUAAAUGCACUUGUGCCCUAUUCGAGAUGAGGGGGAUUAUCUGUAGACAUGCAUUUAAAGUUUUUCAGAUGAAGUACAUUCAUGCUUUGCCAGAGAAAUAUGUGUUGGAACGAUGGAGGAAAGAUAAAAAGAGAAGAUACACACUGGUUAAGAGUUGCUAUGACGAUUGUUGGGUCAAUGCGGAUGCACGACGAUAUGACCUUGUUGUUAAAAUGUGUAUAAGAUUUGCAUCACGUGUAUCUCGAAAUGAAGAGCAUGUCAAUGCAUUCUUUCAUUUUUUGGAUGAGUUUGAGCAGAAGUUGGUAGGAGUGGAGCCGAUGUCAUGUUCAACAAAGGUCAGAGAAAAUGUGGACGCCGACAAGGGUAAGAAGGUAUUAAGUCCACUGGUUGUUCGGGGGAAAGGGAGGCCGCCAACGCGAAGAAAGGUCCCGAUGGUCGAGAAGGCUACAGGAAAGAGAAAGAAGAAACAGACUUAUAGGAAAAUAUUUGUCGACGAAUCACAAAGUGUUGACCAUCCGGUGUCGGAACUUGGUACUAAUGUUGACGAGGUUGUUAUUCCAACCCAGCAAAGUAAUGUAACACAAGUUACGAUUCCAGCCAAUGAUGAGGCUACGCCAAGCUUGCCAUGUGAAAGAUAGGGCAUUGGAUAGUCCACACGGUUUAACUACAACAUUUUGAUACGUUUUGGUUACUAAUUUAGGGUACCUUGCAGUGCAUGUGCUUCAAAAGCUAAGUAUUACCACCUUGGUAAGCGGGUUUGGCAUUGGAUAAUGCUGUAUUUAUUUGUUAUUUAAUUUUCUGUAAUAAUCUGAUAUUAUAUUAAAUUAGUAUCAGAUUGGUAUUGGUGUUAGAUCAAAUUUCAGCAGCACUUUUGGAUUUAUGAAUGACAAAAUUUCAUGUUUUCUUUUAGGUCUCAGCAUUCGAAAGCAGAACUUGGGGCAAUAAUCCCCAAGUUUUAAUCUCCCUUCUGAUGUUAUAACAUACCACAUAAAUUUUGGUUAUAAAUUUAUUGUGAACAAAUGCAUUACUGGGUGGGUAAGAAAAGUAGAUGUGUAUGCUUUAUGUUAUUUUAAUUUCUUGAAAGUGUAUUUAUAUAAUCCAAGUUAUCUCUAGCACAUCCAGGAACUCCCUUGGUGUUGGUAACGUUUUAAUCUCGCUCUUUAACAUCUUUUUGGUUGUGCACAUGCAGUUUUGUAUGGGGGGAGAGAAUGCUCAUCAUCAUCUUGGUCUUCUACCAUUGAAAUGUAGGGAAUGUAACGAAUAUUAUCUCGGCGUCCGACCCAUACGGAGUGAAACAUAACACACAAAUGAAACAGAUAUUUUAUUUAUUGGGAUUUAGAAGCUGGACUUCUCAUUCCAUAGUGCUUUAUAAUAAAUUUGUUAGGAAUAUUUUAUUUAUUUAAGUUUAUUAUAUAUGUGUAGGAACUAAAUAAAUUAAGAUAUUUGCAUUUAAUAUUUUGUUGAUCUAUUUGCAGAUGGUACUGGUACUCGCUGCUUUUUGAUCCUCAUAUUACUUCCUGGAAUGUGUUUGUAUUUUGGCUAUAUUUUGGAGGCUAUGGCAGAGGAGUUGAAAGGAGAUUCACUUUUGUAAAGGAAUUUGUAUAUAUGUGGAUAAAUUAUUUGUAAUUAGGACAUGGAUGUAUAGGAGGCUAUGGAUAAUAUAUUUGUAAAUAAAUUUGUAUAUGAAAAGUCUAAUA